GUUGCGUGUUACAUCCGCGUCAUGAUCACAUAACCUGUGUUAUGAAACGAGUGUAGUUCGUUGCACAUUUCGUAUUGUGGUAGAAACUAAACUCUGUGUGUACUCUAAGAUUUAAAAUUUCUUUCCAAUAUUAUAUUUUGAACGUUUGUUUUUUGCGGAAGGUAACCUGUAAGCACGUGAAUUAUAAAUAGUGUCUGUUCGGUUAAUAUUUUGAAACUCCGGAAUUUUUUGCCUUUGGACAUAAGUGAUUCUGUAAUACGCGGUUUCAUGUAACCGCUGCAGGUUAGUUAGGCAAACAGAAAUUUGGUGAAAUAGGUAGAAGUUGAAGACCGGUAGACCAUUAACAAUAAUACACAUUGCAUCAGCAGUAUGCCAGUUGCUCAUAAAGAGUCAAACCUGCUGCUUGAUGGUUCUGGAGAUCACUCAGACAUGGUUAAAGAUGAGACAUCAUCUGAAACUGGAAGCUGUUCUUUGUCAUCAUCAAGUCAGACCUGUGAUAAUAUUCUUAGUUUUAAAUGUGCUUCUAGUGAUGCUGCUGCAGUACGUGGAAUUAAUUCCAGAUGUGCUUAUACUGAUGCUGUUCUUGCCUCUGUCACUUGUAAUGAGUCUACAACUGACAGGCCAAGGUCAGAAAACAUGAGUUGUGUAGAAGACUGUUCUCUUGAAGCACUUAAUAAAGGAGACAUUAGUCCUCUGGUAGAUGCUUUGGGAACUUUAGAUAUUUGUGGCAGUAACAAAAUUGAGGUUGAAAAACACACUUUAACUAUUUCGGAAAAAGAGUGUGAACUACAAAAAUCAGAUUCUUCUGUGCACCAUAAUCAAGUUAGUAAAAUUCCAUGUAGCAGCAAGGAUUUGCUAUAUGCCAUUGAUAAAGCAACAGAAGAAAAUGUGGUUUGUAAAGAAAUGAAGAGUGACAAUGCAUGUGGUUUACAACUCAGAAGCUGUAACUUUUCAUAUACUUCCAUGACAGUAGGAAGCAAUAUGUGCAACCAUGAUUCACAUAUUUCAGAAAAUAGUAAUUUUCCAGUAAAUGACUGUGUUAAUACAUCUCCUGAUUCAUGUACAAUGAACAUUUCUUUACCACCAUUAGACAUGCCAUUUUCAUUUAAUUGCAGUGAGAAUGCAGCAACACCAAGUGUCUUUGAGCACAAAAAUAAAAUUGAGACUGAGCAUGUUUCAUUAUCAUGUGGAAUUGACACAAAUCAGAGCAAAGUGAAUUGUAUGAUGCUCCCUAGUGAAAUACUCAUGCCACCUGCCAUCACAGAGUUUCCCUGUGGUAAGCUUGAAGUGAUAAAAAUGAAUGUUGGUUCUGAAGGGAAAAAAACUGAAUGUUGCCCUUCUGAGAGUGUAAAUGUAUCACAGACAUAUACAGAUACCACAGGAAUCACAGUUAUAUCUGUAAGCAAAGGAACUGCAAUAAAUACAACCUCUUCAAUUGAAGCAACAGAGACAUGUGCUAUGUUAUCAGGAACUGUGUCAAGAAAGUUAAGUGGCACUGAUUCCAUGAGUACAUCUCAGCCAGACAUACCUCAAACAUCAGUUGGGAUCAGUUCAUUGGCAUCACAUCCAUCGCCAUCCCCACCAGCAGGAAGCUCUCAUUGCAUCACAUUCAUAUCAAAAACAGAUUCUAUAUCAGAUUCAUUUACCUCUUCGUUACAGCCACAGAGGGACUCUUUUGUCAAAACUCAGAAUUUUGGCUCAAUUCCCAGUUCUGUUACAAAUUGUAAUAAGCUUUUUGAAACUGUUGCUGACAAAACUGAAGGUAGUGUUACUUUCUCACCAAAGGGUGAACAAAAUACAGCUCUUGGUGUGAUUUCAAGCAUGCCAGCCUCCAAAAAUUCCUUUGCUGAAGACAUACCUUUAAAAUUGUCAGCUUCACCAGCACUUCAUAAUGUGUCUAGAGAUUCAUCAGUUUUCUCAGGUGUUCAUUUUUGUACUCUGAGUUCACCAAUCUCAUCAUCAUCUGUUUCAAAACCUGGAGAUACCAACUUCCAUCUUGGUACUUCCUCAUCUGAUUUGGAAUAUUCACUUGGAUUUGGGACAUCCUUAAAAUGUGGAGAACCUUGUACUGAAACAUUUAUGGAUACUGUUGUGUCAAGAACAGGUACUUCUUUGAAACCAGAUAUUACGUGGUCAGGAGUGAAUGUAUAUUCAAACACAAUGAAUACAUCACAACAAAACAAUAGACUGUCUAACACUAAAACAAAGUCAUUGGACACAGCAUUGAUUAGUUGUGGAACACUGCGUUUUUCUCCUUUAACUGCACAGGCAUCAUCAAGCUUGCCUAAUUCAUCAGUUGUGAGCAUAGAUCAGUUAGGACAAGUGCCAAGAAUUGAAAAUACUGCACUUGCAAUGUCCUUACCUAACAUAACUGAUGAAGAUGAUAAUGAUCCUUCUAGUUCCUGGUAUACUAUCCAGAAAUCAUCACUGAAGAACGUAGCUGAAUAUACAAGAUAUAGUCACUCCAGUUCAAAACCGAUAUUUGGAUCUGAUUUUAAUUUUCUAAAAUAUGAGUCUGUGAAAGAUACAUCAGUUAGAAACAAUAUAUUUGGAAAUAUAUUCCAAGUGAACAGCCCUGGUAACCAGAGCUCAACAGCAAAUGCUAGUAACAUGACAGCAUUUAGCAAUGGUAGCAGCACACUAUUUAGAUUUGGAUCUGUCAAAAUGAAACGUGAUAAAGAUUUUGUGUGGGAACCAGUUACAACUGUAGCAUCAAAUAAUUUUAAUACAGAUAUAAUUAAUAAGACAUUCACUUUUGGAAUUCCAUCACCAGCAACUUCAAGCAGUGUACUCUUCAACUCCAGUGGUUCAAAGAAAACGUCAGAACACAAAACAGAGUUGUGUGUUCAGGGAAGAUCAGAAUUUCAUCUACAAAGAAGAUCAAGCAAUUUUGCACAAACUGGUUCAUGUUUUCAUAGAACACUACACAAACCAUCAGCGCUAUUCAAUGUUGUCAAAGAUACAGACACACAAAUUGAGAAUGGAAUUGUCAGAUUAAUUGUUGUUCAACAUCAGCACAUCACAGCAAUGCCAGAAUAUUCAUCCCUGUCAUUUGAAGAACUGAGACUACAAUUUUAUAACUCCAAGAAACAAACAGAAAGUGUGGCCAUUAUGGUUAACAAAGAAGUUCAGACUACAGAAAGAUUCCAGGAAGGUGGAAAUAAUUUAACUGAUAUGUGGAAGAUCCUGGAGUGUCCAGUAUGUCUUGAAAUUGUUACAUCACCUGUUUUUCAAUGUGAAAGGGGUCAUCACAUGUGUAACCACUGCUGGAAACGAGUUGUCUCAUGCCCAUUGUGCAAGUCCUUAAAAUCAAAAACACGUAACUAUUUUGCAGAGGCAAUGAUAGAGAAGCUGCCAUUGCCAUGCAAAUAUCGUGUCAGUGGGUGUUCUGAGACAGUGAAUCAGGUAGACAAGGCUGAGCAUGAAAAGACAUGUCUCUUUCGUGCAUACACCUGCUUAGUAGAUAAUUGUAACCAAGCUCAUAGCUUCAAGGACAUGAUGGUCCAUUUAAAAACUUCACAUAGUCAACUGAUAACUAGGAACUUCUUUGAUAUACCUAAAAGGCAGAAAUUCACUCAUACUAUGAGUAAAUGUUCCUUCCAGUCACUUGUUCAUGCCUUUGAUCUUCCUGGUUGGGGCUGCUUCUUUCUUUGUCAUAAAGGAUCUGAUCAAAAUAAACGUCUGUGGGUACAGGUGAUGAAGACAUAUAGUGGUGAUACCAAGUUUCUGUACAGCAUAGAAUUGGCAAAUGUGCUAGAUUUACGAAGUGUGAGUUACCAGGGCCCUGUUGUACCAUUCCACACGGUUACCAGUGAACAACAGCAUGAUUGUUUGGUACUCACUGACCUUUUGCUUGACACUUUAAAAAAGAGCUUUGGAUUUCAUAUUACAGUGUCCAUUUGGCAUAAUGAAUUCUGAAGAACUGAGCAAACUUUCAUUUAUUACAAAUAAGUUCAUAAUAUUUACUGUUCUUAAAAUAUUCGCAUGGGCACCUUGAAUGCCAGAAAAUUUCAUCAUAACCAUGUAUUAUCACGUAUGUUAUCAAUGUUUGAUUUGUUUUUCACUUCACUGAUUAAUUUCUAAGUAAAAAGUUAAAAAUAUUUUAGAUACUGGUGCCAGUUUUUGAUGUGUAAUACUGUUUGAUGGCAUUAAAAAUGUUGUGUGAUUUUCA